GAAUAUUCCACUAGCAAUUGUGUGAUGCUGUCAAUCAAAAUAGUUUACUAGAUCUAUUCAGGCUCGAGAAUACCCCACCAAUUAGGAUGUAGUUGCUAUUCCGCUAUCAUGCUCAUUUUAUCUUGGCAAAUACUGUCCGCCAAUGGCAAGACUUGGCAAAAUAAAUAUGGCAAAGCCUCGGCGGAACACAGGCGGACAGACGUCGGGAAAUUUGGUUUUUUAUGCAACCUGUUGGAAAAUAAACGGAAAAAAGGGAAAUAGUGAGAGUGAUGUAGAUUUUAGUACAGUGUGGAUGCCGUUGUGUGGUUGUGGUGAUUAAGGUUUCCUAUUCGGGAGAUUUGAUUUCGGCCUCUUUAAAUGAAGAGCGCAGUGGUGUCGCCCACCGCCGGCUACAUCUGGCUGCUGCUCUGCUACGUACAGCACGCCCGCUCCAACCUCCUGGACGAGUACGAGGCGCUGUCCACUCACCAUCCUCUGCCGCAGUUCCACAGAGGUCUGGAGCUGCCCGUGGAACUGGGCGUGGACAGGAGCUCGGGCUGCAUCUGCCGCGCCGUAUACGGGAACAGCAUCGUGGUUUGCUUCGGGAACUACGUGUGCAAGAGGUUCCCGAAGCUAAGAAUCCAGAGCGAUGUCCUCAGAGUGCGGACUACCGUCAUAGAUCAGCUAGUCAGAGGAGAUCUGGACGCCUAUUACUACCUGAGAAUUCUGGACAUAGAAGCCAAUCACCAGCUGACUUACAUCGAGCCUGGAAUAUUUCGUAACAUGACCAAAUUGGAACAUCUGUCUAUAUCGUACAAUACACAGUUGCUAUCAAUAGACAACAGAACAUUUGAAGGAUUAAGAAAUCUCAAAAAUCUCACUAUGGUCAACAAUGGUUUCACAAAUAUUAUAGAACUAGUUCCAGCAUUCAGACCGAGUAUUUUACCAAGCCUAACAUGGCUCGAUAUAUCAGAAAAUUCAUUUGAAAGGAUCACAGCACAUACUUUUCUUCCUAUGGAGGGGUCCACUAUAAGAAAAUUAGAUCUGUGCCUUUGCAGAUUGGAUUAUAUCCAUGAAAAUAGUUUUACACCGUUGAAACGUUUAAGAGAAUUGCAAUUGGGUGAAAAUGAUUUAAGUGCAAAUCAAAUAGAAAAAUUUCUUAUCAAAAUGGCUGAAGAAGGUAUAACUUUAACUCAUUUAGAUUUGUCUGGAAUUGGGUUUAGAAAACAACCACCGAAGCGGCUAUUGGAAGUCAUUGCGCAGAGUACGAUCAAAUGGCUAAUUCUGGCUAGGAAUCAGUUUGAAAUAAUUGGAAACGAUUCCUUCCCGCCAAUGCCCCACAUUGAAUUAUUAGAUCUUCGGAAUGUACUCACUAUUUCAAUAGGUAUAAACACAUUUUCUCCCAGCAAGUUCCCAAACUUGAAGGCUCUAUUCUUAAACAAUAACAACCUGCCCGGAAUUCACUACAAUCACUUGUCGGAUCAACUUAUAUAUUUAGAUUUAUCUAACAAUCAGGGGGACAAUGAAAAUCCCAUGUAUUUUGAAAUCGGUAGAGAUACAUUUAUCAAUUCUAAACAACUGAGAGUACUGAAUCUGAGCUUCAACGCAAUGAAAGCUAUAUUUGAUUACACCUUCCAUGGUCUCGGUAAUCUCAAGGUUCUAAAUUUAGAAAACGGAACAUUGUAUUACAUAGGCAUUGGAACGUUUCGAUCGAUGCCUCGCCUUAAAACACUAAAUUUAGCAAACAAUCCUCUGGCUGCCAAUCAGAAUCUGUCGAGCGCACAGUUUGAGGGUUUGAACGAAUUGAAAAUAUUGAUACUGAAAAACUGUGGGAUAAAACAAUUUGUUGAUGAUGACAACAUCUUUGAAAUGAUGCCAAAUAUAACUCACCUGAUACUUAAGAAUAACCAACUAUAUUUCAUAACUCCUGAAACACUGAAACCUUUGAAGCAUCUACAAGUUCUAGAUCUAAGUGAAAACCUAAUGAUAGCGUGGUGGAGGCCGCUCUUCCUGGCUGCGGGGGUGAAGCCCUUGGAAAUAGAUUUACAGAACAAUAAAAUAUCGCUGUUCUCUCUCAGUAUGAUCCAAGAUAUGAAUUAUAUUCUCGAGAACAGAGGCAACGAGACGGCUAAAAUUCACCUCAUGUACAAUGUGUUCACGUGCGACUGCAGUACCAUGUAUAAAACGUCUCUUUGGCUUGAAGUCAACGGUUCUUCGGUAAUUAAAGAUUUUUUUUCAAAUUCACAGAUUCGUUGCAGUAGCCCCGAUAUUUGGGAGUACAAAAGAGUAAUCGACUAUUUGACCUCAAUUAGAAGGUUGAAUUGCUUGGUGUACGAGAGAUUCAAUCACGCGGUGGUCUUCAUGUGGACUGCGCCUACGCUCGUCAGUUUUAUUAUCAUAGUAAUUGUUGGCACGUUUAUUUAUAAAUAUAGAAUGUAUCUUAGAUAUUGGUUGUUUUUAGCCAAGAUCGCUAUAGGUAGAAAGUUUAUACAGAAAUCUCUCAAAUCGACGAGAGAACUGAAGAGCUACAAAUAUGAUGCGUUCGUGUCUUACUGCAAUGAAGACAGAGAUUUUAUAUCCGAGAUGGUGUCUCAGUUGGAGACCAACCCGCCAUAUUUGAAGUUGUGUAUUUACGAGAGAGAUUUUGAAAUAGGUUCGUUUAUAUCUGAAUCAGUUUUAUCUAGUAUUAAUGAGAGCAAGUACGUGAUACUUGUGAUUAGUAAUAAUUUUGCCAAAUCGCAAUGGUGUCGAUGGGAGACCCAGCUAGCCGAGUAUCACAGACUGUUUCUGGAAGAUGGGACGACGUACGAUCCCCUGGUGUUGAUAAAGAUGGGUGAAAUUGAGAACAAGUACCUGAAUACUACGCUGAAAUACUUAAUGAAGACGAAGAUCUACCACGCGUGGGACGAGUCCAACCAGACCGAAUUUUGGAGGAAACUGAGAAAUGUCAUUACCAAAAAAGUGUAGAUUGUUAUAUUUUUAUUACUUAAGA